UUUUCUCUCUCUAUACCAACGGUCCACCCUUUGACUCAGUCUCUUUCUCUCUCUACGCCGGCGGAAUGGUCUUCCUCUUCAUCUUCUUCUUCUUCAAACUCAGCGUUCGCAUGGCUUUACCAAACACCCAAAACCCUACUCCUCGUUUUUCUUUAACUCCGCGAUUUUCCUUCUUCUAAUCCAAUUUUUAAGUACCAGGAAUAUGACGACGACGACGAUGGUGAUGGUCGAGAAGGUGUUGUUGGAUUUCUUUGUUCCGUCGUGGUGGGAGACCAAGGUCACAGUCGCCGCUUCCCUCUUUGUUAUUUUGGCGUACUGGUUUUUCUCUCGUAGACCCGGUGCCAAUGGGGACGCCGACUCCACUUCUUCUGCCCUUGCCGGCGAUCUUAAAAACAAUGCAUUUGAAUUAAAGGGAGAUCUUCAGACAAAUUCUCCGUAUUUAAUCAAGUUGGAAUUGUUGGCUGCUAAGAAUUUAAUUGCUGCAAACAUAAAUGGCACUUCGGAUCCUUAUGCUAUCAUUACUUGUGGUACAGAAAUGCGAUUCAGUUCAAUGGUUCCUGGUUCAAGAAAUCCUAUGUGGGGAGAGGAGUUUAAUUUUUCAGUAGACGAACUUCCUGUCCAGAUUAAUGUGACAAUAUAUGAUUGGGAUAUAAUUUGGAAAAGCACUGUGCUUGGUUCCGUGACUGUUCCAGUUGAUAAUGAGGGUCAAACAGGAGCAAUGUGGUAUACAUUGGAUCCAUCAGGGCAGGUUUGUCUUCACAUCAAAACGAUUAAACAUCCCGUAAAUGCUUCCAGGGUUAAGAAUGGAGCUAAGCCCAGGGUUCCUUUACCAGGGCCCACAGUGGUUCAUCAAAAGCCAGGGCCCCUUCAAACAAUAUUUGACCUGCCUCCAUACGAAAUUGUUGAUCACAGUUAUUCAUGUGCACUUGAGAGAUCGUUCUUGUAUCAUGGCCGUAUGUAUGUCUCUGCAUGGCACAUUUGUUUUCAUUCAAAUGUGUUUUCUAAGCAAAUGAAGGUGGUUAUACCAUUGGAAGAUAUUGAUGAGAUUCGUAGGAGUCAGCAUGCAUUCAUUAAUCCUGCUGUAACAAUUAUUCUACGGAUGGGAGCUGGUGGGCAUGGUGUACCUCCUCUAGGAAGCCCUGAUGGUAGAGUAAGAUACAAAUUUGCUUCAUUUUGGAACAGGAAUCACGCUUUAAGAGCUUUACUGCGUGCAGCAAAGAAUUUCCAUGCAAUGCUAGAAGCAGAGAAGAAGGAGAAUGUAGAAUCAGCACUGCGUGCACAUAGCAGUUCUAUUAAAGGGGAUAAAAGUCAGACUACUAUUCCUGAAGAUAUUGUUCCAGAGACUGGGAAGCUUCAAGCCUUCAUUAAAGAUGAAUGUCUUACUGGUAUAUACAAUGAUGUUUUCCCUUGCACAGCAGAGAAGUUCUUUAAUUUAUUAUUGAAUGAUGAUUCAAAUUUUACAAAUGAAUAUCGCUCAGCUCGAAAGGAUACUAAUCUCACUAUGGGACAGUGGCAUUCUGCAGAUGAAUACGAUGGUCAAGUUAGAGAAAUAAAAUUCAGAUCCCUCUGUACAAGUCCAAUGUGCCCUCCAGAUACAGCCAUGACAGAGUAUCAGCAUUCUGUUUUAUCAUCUGACAAGAAAAAGCUGGUGUUUGAAACUGUGCAACAGGCACAUGAUGUUCCAUUUGGGUCUUGUUUUGAGAUCCAUUGUAGGUGGUGUGUGGAGACUAAUGCUGAGAAUUCGUGUACAAUAGAUAUAAAAGUGGGGGCACAUUUUAAGAAAUGGUGUGUGAUGCAAUCCAAAAUAAGGGCAGGUGCCAUUAACGAGUACAAGAAAGAGGUGGAGCUGAUGCUGAAUAUGGCCCGUUCACACAUUGAAUCAAAUUCUGGUGGUGAGACUCAGAAUAACAAUAACUCUUCUUUGUCUUCCCCUGUAACUCAAGAUUCUAUCUAGUCUGUGGCCUAAAUUUAUUGAAUAUAGAUUGAUUCAAUGUUAUAUCAUUAUAGAGAAAUUUUGUGUUUAUAGUAAUUAAAUGUACAUUGAGGCAAGAUGGUUAAUUCGAUUAAUUGUAAUUUCGCCCUGUCUCUCUUUAGGAGGAGUAGUGGUGUUUUAUUUUUAUUUUAUUUGUAACUAUAACUUCAAUAUUCAAGUUCUUGUGUGUAUAUGUUAGAGCACU